CACACACACACACACACACACACAGCAGCACACGCGCCCGCGCGAACACAUAACCGCGGUCACACCCACCCGGACUCUCAGACAAUUAUCUCAAAAUCUGUUAGAAAAACGAUGGCUUCAGGAGGUUUAGGAGAGAGUACAGUCAUUCAGCUCGGCUUGAUCAAUGCAGAAGACAAAUAUUUGACCGCAGAGGCGUUUGGCUUCAAAGUGAACGCGUGCGCCACGUCCAUGCGUAAGAAACAGGUAUGGACGCUGGAGCACGCGGACCAGGCAGGAGACUCCAGCUCGGUCCUCCUGCGCAGUCACCUGGGUCGCUACCUGUCCUCCGACAAGGACGGGAACGUGACGGCUGAGUGCGAACGACCCUGCACAGACUGCCGCUUCUGCGUGGUGGCGCAUGCCGAUGGCCGGUGGUCUCUGCGCUCAGAGGCACACGGCCGAUACCUGGGAGGCACCGAGGACCGCGUGCUUUGCUCCACGACCGAGGGGAAGUGGUACGUUCACCUCGCCACACACCCGCAGGUCAACCUGUACAGCGUUUCGCGCAAGCGGUAUCUGCACGCGCACACCGGGCGUAGUGAGCUUGCUGCGGACCGCGAUGCUCCCUGGGGCGUGGGCUCCGUGCUCACCCUGGUGUACCGGGAGCGCCGUUACCACUUGCAGACCGCCGGCGGCCGCUUCCUCUCUAGCACCGGUGCGCUGGUGUCUGAGCCACAGGACGACACUGGAUUCACGCUGGAGUUUCGCGCGGGCACGGUGGCGUUCCGGAACGCUGCAGGGAGAUACCUGGCUCCCUCCGGCCCGAGCGGCACAGUCAGGGCGGGUAAAAACAUCCGCGUGGGUAAAGACGAGGUGUUCGUGCUAGAGAGAAGCCGCGGGCAGGUGGUGCUCACUGCCAGCAACGACAGGAACGUGUCCAUGCGCCAGGGAGUCGAUCUGUCAGCCAAUCAGGAUGAAGAGUCUGAUCAGGAAGUCUUCCAGAUGGAGAUGGACCAGGACACGAAGCGCUGUGCUUUCAGGGCCUGCAAUGGGAAAUACUGGAGUCUCACACCGAGUGGAGCGAUUCAGUGCACUGCUUCGGAAAUAUCCGCCAGCUGCUUCUUUGAGUUAGAGUGGAACGGAGCGAAGGUCAUGCUCAAGGCCACUAAUGGCAAGUACAUCGCAGCCAAGAAGAAUGGCCAGCUGGCUGCCUCCGUGGACUCUGCAGGUGAACAGGAGGAGUUUGUUUUGAAACUCAUUAACAGGCCGUUGAUAGUAGUGCGUGGGGAAGACGGCUUCAUCGGUUGUCGUAAGCAAGGCACAGGAACUCUGGACUCCAACCGUUCUUCCUAUGACAUCUUCCAGUUAGAGUACAAUAACAAUGCCUACUGUCUCCGAGACUCUGCAGGGAAGUACUGGAUGGUGGAGGCUGAUGGCGUAGUUGUGAGCAGCAGCACCGCACCGGUUUACUUCCUGUUUGAGUUCUGUGAUUAUAACAGAGUUGCCAUUAAGACACAACAGGGUCUUUAUCUGAAGGGAGAUCAUGCUGGGGUGCUAAAGGCUAAUGCAAAGAGUAUCGCUAAUGCUACGCUGUGGGAGUACUAAUACACACACACACACACACACACACACACACACACACACACACACACACCUGAUUGUGACAUUGACUUACUCUAUGUUCACACUAAUCAGUGACAGGUGACUAACCUCCAUCUUUUUACAUGCAUAUGAAGCAUUUCGUCUUCACCUGUAGCUCAUUCAUGGUUACUGUCUGAAACUCAAAAAUAAAAACACGUCGUUUCAUUUAAUUAAAUGUGCGUAGAGAUGUGAGGAAGAGAAAAACGGAUGUUUGGAAGGAAGUAGCUGUUUAUAUCUAUUACCAUUUCUUAUCAAAAGUCAGGCCACGCCCACCGACGACAGUGAUGUCACCUGUCACCUGUCACUACGGUUACAGCUAAUAUUCAUGAACAGGGAACAGCGACAGACGCUAUAAGUACAAGAGUACGAUAUGUAACGUGAAUACAAUGCACAAAGCAACCAUAUUAGCACAAAAAAAAGCACAUUAAGUCGAACUGAACACUAAAACAAUUCUGUAGCAUAAACUUGUGUUUUUCAGUGACACGUUGUGUAAAAUCUUAACUAGCCGAUCAACAUCGUCAUCUUUGAUAAAUCUAUGGAAUAGAGACACGGAUCCCGGACUGUAACAACACUGUCUCUCUCUAUCUGUAACACUAUCUAAGUUUGGAUUUAGUUGUAAACCUAGAUUGGGCGUGGCCUGAAAGGACGGACAGAAAAACCACGUAAUAUCCUCAGCUAUGGUCCAUUCUUAUACAUUUACAUCCCUAAUAGAUCCAUCGUCUCAGAAAUAGACUGAAAAAAAACGCUUUAACCGGCCACGGCUUGUCCGAUCUGCUGUAAGAAGGAGUCUCUGAGCCGUUCGGAGCUCAGAAGAUUUCACACACUAGUAUUUUGCAUGUGCAGUGUCUAUGAUGUACCUCACCUUUUUUUUUUUUUUUAAACUUCCUGUAAAGUAGGUGCUAGUACACACUCGCUGCUCUGAAAUAUACAUACGCUUCUGAAUACGUGUCAUUUUGUACAAAUAUAUUUUCAAAGUAUGUUCUUGGAAGCACAAACUCGUAGGUUUUCCCAGACCGAAGCACAAAUAUCGGUACACGGCAUCGUUGAUGUCGAAUAUCAUGACUAAUCCCGUCUCGUCUAAAACUAUCAGUAUUAGAUUCCAGAACAUCCCCAUUUGUCGUUCUGAUGUACACAGAAUUCAGAAUUGGAGUCUUCCAGAAAUGGUGACAUGAAACCCAAACACAAAGAGUGUACCCCAUAUGCUCACUAUGCAUUAUGGGUAACAAGCGCAGCUCCUCAGCCACUAAGCACAGCACCUUAACUGCUAAAAGACGUGGACGAGGUCGGUGUAAAUCAGCAGCUUGUCCUUCAGACAUGAGGACUGUGUCCUGAACCAGAAACAUUUUUAGUGUGAACAGAGGCUGGUGUAAUGAGGUCAGGUUUUAAAUAGCUGUGCUAAGACUUCCAGAGUUCUAGAAAAACACGACUGUUCACCUUCACUUUCUUGACUACAUACACACACAAACACACAUCACACCCUUCAUUUGUUUAAUAGAUAACCGAGGCACGUGUCUGCUAUUAAACAUCAUUGUAACUGCGCUAGCUACAGUAACCAUGUGAUAUCACAACACCGCUAACUCCUGACAGAAAUAACAAAAAAUUUACACAAAUUAGCAUUAGCAUUAGCACAAGCAGUAUUUCAUUAUAAUCCUAUUUAAAGUGUUUCAGAAGUGAGAGAAGUUGAAACUUUUUUGCACUGCUAUGUUUAAAAAGCUUUAAUCUCAUUUGAAUGUCAUGAGGAAAAGUGACAGAUGCUCUUGGGCUUCGUCUUCAUGUGCC